AGAUAGUUUAUCUUUAUCUGUUCUUAACAAAUCUAAUCACCAAAAAUUUAUGCGUAAUUUAUUAUAUAUCAUUAUUUUUUUUCUAAAACCUCUUAAAACAUUCUUUCUCCAAAAAAAAAAAACCUACUCCGUGCAAUUGCUGCGUGCAAAAGUAUUAUAUUUCCCUAUAUAUUAAUAGCAUCUUAAGUUCAAAACAAAAAAAGAAUUUACCUUUUCUAAAAUCCAAUAUUCCAUACUUGAAAAAAAAAAAAAAAAAGUACAAUGACAAUGGAUAAAAGAGAUAUAAGCUUAGAAUGCUCUUUCUUAUUCCAUGAAAAUCAUUAGCGACCUACAAAAAGUUAGAAGACGAAAUACUCCUCUUGGUACACUCUUCUUCAACGAGAAAUUGAAUUGCAAAAAAAGUGAAAAAAUCAACACAAUUAAUACCAACCCAACCAACACCCUUUUUAUCAACUCCUAUCGAACACUUCCAACUCUUUAAUUAUUUCUAUCACAUUAACACAAACAUCCCCCACGUUAUACUAGUAUAUAUAUACAUAUUUUAUAAACCAAGCUUCAUUUUGCCUUCGCAUUUUUCCCAUUUUUUAAUCCCCAAACAUUACGUACUAAUACUAAUAAACGUACGUACCUACAUUAUAUAUUGUUACCAAUUUCACAUAAAAUAAUAACAUUACACUAAAAUGGCCAAGACCAUAUGCCACCACAUUUGGUACCUCUCCUUCUUUUUCUUCUUCUUCUUGGGACGAGUUUACGUCGCGGCCGGUGGUAAGGUACCGGCUGUGAUAGUAUUCGGAGACUCCUCGGUCGAUACGGGGAACAACAAUGGGAUAAAAACAUUGCUUAAGAGCAACUUUGCCCCGUAUGGACAGGACUUCGAUGGCGGUCGACCCACGGGUCGAUUCUCAAACGGGCGGGUGCCCGUGGAUUUCUUUUCGGAAUACUAUGGACUCAAGAAAACUGUUCCGGCCUACUUGGAUCCGAAUUACAAUAUAACGGAUUUUGCUACUGGAGUCAAUUUUGCUUCUGCUGGUACCGGCUAUGAUAAUACCACUUCUGCUGUUCUUAAUGUGAUACCCUUGUGGAAGGAAGUUGAUUAUUACAAGGAGUACCAAGAAAGAUUACGAAGCUAUCUUGGGGUGCAAAAGGCAAAUGAGAUCAUAUCCGAAUCAGUGUACCUAGUAAGCAUGGGAACAAACGAUUUCCUAGAGAAUUACUACUUAUUACCCACGACGAGGUUGUGCUACACGGUCCAAGCGUUUGAGGAUCAUCUCAUAGGCCUCGCGAAGCAAUUUGUGGGGGAGAUUUAUAACCUUGGUGCUCGAAAGAUUUCUUUGGCCGGAAUUCCUCCUAUGGGUUGCUUACCACUUGAGCGAACCAUAAAUCUUGGGGCAAUAUCAGAAUGCAACGAAGAGUACAACAAUGUGGCCGUUGAAUUUAAUGUUAAAAUAAACAACUUGAUAAACCAACUCAACAAGGAAUUGCCUGGAAUACAAGUUGUUUUUUCUAACCCUUAUAACAUCCUUCACCAAAUGAUUAAAAGGCCUACAAUAUUUGGAAUGGAUGUGACAUCUAAAGCAUGCUGUGGCACUGGAUUGGUGGAGAUGAGUUAUCUAUGUGUUCUAGAUAGUUCAUUCUCUUGCUCUAAUGCUGACAAAUAUGUUUUCUGGGAUUCUUUCCACCCAACUGAGAAAACUAAUGAAGUUAUGGCUCAACAUCUCUUCAAGAGUGUCUUGUACAAAUUUCUUUGAUGCCAUACAAUAUAUGUACUCAUAAUUUUUUUUCCCGAUUUGAAAGAGUCAGAAGGGCAUUACAAAUUGCAUAUAGGGGAGGGGGAUUUGAACGUGUGGCCUAUCAGUUUUUCAAGACUGAAUUGGUUGUCGUUAUGUGUAUUUUAAAUUAACAGAUUAAAUCUUCUAAUUUGUAUGGAGAUUCAACAUUUUUUUUCAUCUUUUGGGAAGGGGAGAGGGCAAUUGAAAUCUAUAAUGUCCAUGCAUUCUAUUUUAUGUGAUAGUUUUAUUUGAUUUUCAAUUUGUAACUUGGUAUAGAUGUUACUCAUUGUAAUCAUUAAUAAAACAAUACAAAGUAUUAUUUAUAUAUUUAUAAUAAAAGUAUUUUUUGG